GGGUGAGUGAACUGGCUCAUUGUUAUUUAUUGCAUUUGACUCUAAUAAUACAUUAAUUAGCCGUUUUACUGGUACAGUGAGUGCAAUAACAUACAUUACGAGUCGUGACAGCCAUGCCGAUGUGAGUAAUAUCGAAGGUGUGGCGCGGCGCUCAGGGCGUUGUUUGAGUGUAGAUUCUUAGUGCAAGUGACGUUUGUGUUACGAAAAAUAUUGCUCUUCACCCGCCGCAAGAUGACCGAGUACAAAUUAGUGGUGGUAGGGGCCGGUGGCGUGGGUAAAUCCGCAUUGACUAUACAGCUUAUACAGAACCAUUUCGUAGACGAAUACGACCCCACCAUCGAGGACUCAUAUAGGAAGCAGGUGGUGAUCGAUGGCGAGACUUGCCUGCUGGACAUCUUGGACACGGCUGGCCAAGAGGAGUACUCAGCCAUGAGAGACCAGUAUAUGCGCACGGGGGAAGGCUUCCUCCUUGUGUUUGCAGUGAAUAGUGCAAAGAGUUUCGAAGAUAUCGGCUCCUAUAGGGAACAGAUCAAGAGGGUGAAGGACGCGGAAGAAGUGCCGAUGGUACUUGUAGGCAACAAGUGUGAUCUCCAAGCUUGGGCUGUGGACAUGACACAGGCAAGAGAGGUAGCGCGAAGCUACGGUGUUCCCUUCGUAGAAACUUCAGCCAAAACCCGGAUGGGGGUGGACGACGCGUUCUACACUCUAGUGCGAGAAAUACGCAAGGACAAGGAGAGCCGCGGCAAGAGGUACAGGAGAGGGAAAAAACUCGGCUCCCAGCGCACAUUUAAGUGUACGCUUAUAUAAGUUAAGCCAACUUACAAAUAACAAGGCGCCACGUUAUUGUAAAGCGCACCUCAAAUAUUAAGUGAGAUUAAGCACAUGGUGGAUUUCCAUUUUUAGACAAAAAGCAUUCUGGGUGCAGAUUUUCCAAAAGCAUGCCAAUACAAAAUGCAUUCCUGGUGUAGGAGAUUUCCAAAAAGCAUGUUAAUAUAAGAGACACUGGUGCAGGAGAUUUCCAAAAAGCAUGCCAUAAACCCGGUAAACCGUUUUCAUUGGUCGGUAGACCUACUAAAAACCUACAUACCAAUAAAAAGGCUUCCUUAUGACGCGUGCACACAAAAAGAUGUUUGUUCGCGACGGUCUCGCCUCCUACGAUCAAUUCUAUGGCUUUGUAUAAUAGUAGGCGCACAGAUACAAUAAGUACCCGUCAUAAGAUUUCUUGAAAGAUAAGAAUAUUUAGUAGAAGCAUACCUAGUCUACAACUCGACUAGGUAUGUCUCUCACUUUAAAAUGUGAAUGCUUGUUCGCAUACAAAUCCGUAUGAGAUUCGAAAGCUCGCAACGGUAGAAUCGUUUUUGAAAAUCGAAACAGUAUAACGUCAUAGUAAAUUUGACCUAGUACCCCAUAAUUUAAAGUCGUGCGUUCUGUAAUAUUGAAUUGUUUUAAUAACGCGCGGAGAAAUUUAACUUUGAAACAAGCUGUAUUUAGUAAAGCUUACUGUUACGUUACAAGUAUAACCAAUGGAUUGUUAUAAUGACAUUUAUUGACCAGAACUUAAUAUUUAAGGUGCGUUUAAAGUUUAAUAGGCGUUUGUUUAUUUGGGGGUAUGUUUUAAUGAACAUCGUUUUAUGUUUUUUGCGACAGGAGUUUUACUCUGUAGCUAUUAUGUUCAAGGUUCGUUAUGUACAAAAUAUAAGGUAGGGGCCAAAAUACAUCUGACCGUUAGUUGAUUUUCCAAGCAUAAAUUACGCGGCAUUUUUACUGCCAAAUUUAAGGUUGUUAAUGAGCGGAUCGAGGAUAUAUACAUAUCUGGACCUUUAAUAUAAAUUCAGUUGGAUACAAGCAGAUGUGUAUUUUAUUUACAAAAUGCGCAAUCUGAGAACUGUCCGAUCCAGAUGCUAGCAAUCUGUAACCUUCGUAUAAGUAUUCCACUCUUACAAUCGUGGAGCCCUUUUUGAAUAUCGAAUUGUAUAGUAUAUUGGACCUAUUUGAGAUCGUUUUAGAGUCACCAAUCCAGCUAGCUUAGCCCAGAAAAAAAUGGGGACUUGAGCUUUAACAAUGUUAACUAUUUCCAGUUUAGUCUGGAGAUACAGUGUUUGAAACAAGCUUGCAAAUCUAAUAUAAGGCUACUGAAAUUCGGAUUCUACACUUAACGUCUUAAUGAUUUUAGGUCAAAUUUGUACACUGAGAUUACUAUAUCGAAUUAUGUUUACUAACUACAACCCGGGUGUUACAAACGUAAAUACCGUUAGAUGUGUUUCGGCCCUUAAAUCAAAAAGUAAAGGCAAUUUUUUUGAUCGUAUCUUCGUGGAAUCACACACACACACUGCCUAAAACAAAAGAUAAUAGGCAGGCCAUCGACCAUGAGUUAUGCAUAAGAUAGUAAAUAAUAAUACAUAAUUUUACUUAAAUAAACAAGAAACAAAGCAAUAUAUAAAUAACUGAUGCAGAUGCUGUUGAUAAAAAGUAGUUAAUCAAUUUCUACUCUGGUUUAAAGUAUUGAAAAUAAAUAAAAUGAUGUUAAAACCAAGUCCAUGAAUUGCACCUAUACUGUAGAUUCAAAAAAUAUAUGUAUAUUCUAUCAUGUGGCUGCGCGCUAUCCGCAAAGCGUAUACUUUCUAUUAGUACUUACAAUCUUAACAUACCUCACAUAAAAUGCAUUUUGAAUUACUUUAAAACAAUUACUCGCGCCCAAGAGCUACAUCUGUGAACGCUGUAAUAAAUGCCCCCCAAAUACAGUCAUUGACAAUAAUAUUGGUGUCUGAUGACAAUGUUGACUUCUCUAUUACUCAAUUAAAUCUAUUAAAUAUCGGGUUCAUGUAUUAAAUUACAUACAAUAUUAAUAAUGUUGCUGCUUUGCUAAGUAGAUGUCUCGCGAACAAUCCCCGAACAUAAAAAGUAUCCGUAUCGAGGACGUAACCUAUCUCCGUUUUAAAUUUCGUCAAAUUUGAUACAAUGGUUGAGCCGAACAUAGGUGACAAACAAACGAAAAGACGCACUUUCGCAUACAUAAUAUUUGUAUGGAUUAGUAUAGAUUACGUCACUAAUUGUUUUAGCUAUCUUAUCAGCAAUAUUAAAACUAAGCAAAUUACCAAGAUCUGAUUGGGCUCAAAACACGUGGGGUACUUCAACGUGACAUCACUAUGCAUGCCUACAAAUACUUGUAAAUGAAUUCAGAUAAUCAGAUAGUAUAAUAAUAAAUAUUAUAAUACAUAAUUACCGCAUUAUCUUUUGUUAUCUCCAUUUAUUUUCGAAUUUCCAGUUCAUAAAUAAUUGUAAAAAUAAUUCGUGAAAAAA